AUGGAGGGGCCGAGCGGGUCCAGCUUCGGGAUAGACACCAUCCUGUCCGGCGGCAGUUCCGGCAGCCCCGGCGUCAUGAACGGGGACUUUCGGCCGCACGGCGACGGUCGGCCCGCGGAUUUUAGGAGCCAGGCCACGCCGUCCCCCUGCUCGGAGAUCGACACCGUGGGCACGGCACCCUCGUCGCCCAUCUCGGUGAGCAUGGAGCACCCCGAGCCGCACCUGGGGGUGGCGGAGAGCCUCCCGCCGCCGCCGCACCACCUCCACCUCGGCCCGCACCCGCCGCCGCCGAGUUUGCAGCCGUCUCCCCCGCAGCCGCCGCCGCCCCAGCUGGGCUCGGCCAGCUCCGGCCCCAGGACUUCCACCUCCUCUUUUUUAAUUAAGGACAUUUUGGGCGACAGCAAACCGCUGGCGGCGUGCGCACCUUACAGCACCAGCGUCCCCUCUCCCCACCACACCCCCAAGCAGGAGGGCAGCGUGGCCCCGGAGAGCUUCAGGCCGAAACUCGAGCAGGAGGACAGCAAAGCCAAGCUCGACAAGCGCGACGACACGCAGGGCGACAUCAAAUGCCACGGGACAAAGGAGGAGGGCGACCGGGAGAUCACGAGCAGCCGGGACAGCCCGCCGGUGCGGGCCAAGAAGCCGCGGAAGGCGCGGACAGCUUUCUCCGACCACCAGCUCAACCAGCUGGAGCGCAGCUUCGAGCGCCAGAAGUACCUGAGCGUGCAGGACCGCAUGGACCUGGCUGCCGCCCUCAACCUCACCGACACUCAGGUGAAAACCUGGUACCAGAACCGCAGGACGAAGUGGAAGCGGCAGACGGCGGUGGGACUGGAGCUGCUGGCCGAGGCCGGGAACUACUCGGCCCUGCAGAGGAUGUUCCCCUCGCCCUAUUUCUACCACCCCAGCCUGCUGGGCAGCAUGGACAGCACGACGGCGGCCGCGGCCGCCGCGGCCAUGUACAGCAGCAUGUACCGGACUCCCCCCGCGCCGCACCCCCAGCUCCAGCGGCCGCUGGUGCCGCGGGUGCUUAUCCACGGGCUGGGACCCGGCGGGCAGCCGGCCCUCAACCCCCUGGCCAACCCCAUGCCGGGCACCCCGCACCCCCGGUGA